GACGCUACGACCUCUUCAGGGUCAUCCGAGAAGGUGCUUGAGAAGAGGAAGAAAUUUUCAGCAACAAAGCUGGUGAAGUGUGAGAAAAAUGGCAUAAAUGGAUGUGAAAGGGUGAUAAUUCCAGCGCAAAGUCUCCCAUUUUCUCCACCGUUGAUCAAGCUGCGAGAUAUUGAGCGCGAAAAUGUCGAACAGAGUGCGAAAUUCCGAGCGACCGCCACCAUUGAAGGCUGUUCUCCCCGUUUCCUCCCUGCUGCGCGGCUACCAGUGCCCCCCUUCGGCGUCGUACUUCACCACCACGGCCCUGUCGCCCCCGCUGCGUCACAUCUCGCCCGAGCACCUGGUCAGCGCGUCCGGACACCGCAGUCCCGGGGCGCUGAACUACAAAACUCCCGGAAAGGGCAUGGGGCGCUCGCUGGAGUCGUGCAUGCGGCGAACAGCCUCCCUGGAUGCGCUCACGUGCGCCCGACCACUGUGGUCUGGCGUCCACACGCACCACUCGUGCAUGUUCCUUCAUGUGGACAAGGCCACGCAGACAGACGACAGCUAUUGCCUGGAGAUGAGCGGGCGUAGCUCCGUAGAGCCCCAGCGCGCGGAUACGCCCACGGACGUGAAGGUGGAGAAGGUGGUGCGGCAGCGUCUGCAGCCGCGCUCGCAGCGCAGCGCCGAACAUUCCGUCAGCUCGCAGACGAUGAGAGCCAGUCCAGUGACCAUUCCCGCCAGGGCCGUGCCGCCGGGCCACCUGCGCCCCAUGCGUAGCUCCGUGGAGGGCCUGAACCAGGAGAUCGAGAAGCUGGUGCUGCUGCCUGGACAGCCGCACUCGUGCCGCCCAGAGUCCAGCCGCAAUCUCUUCUCGCGCGGCACACCGGACGGUCAUCGCGCCCCCAUCGCGGAGCUCCUGCACGGCGACACGCGCUCCGUAAACACGCAGACACCGCUCGGCGACGCCUUCCUGUCGUCCGACGACAGCCAGAGCACAUCGCCGGACGAGGCGGGCAGCCGCGGCGCGGGAUUCAAGGUCUCCGCGACCGCCAUCACGAGCGCCUCGCCCAGGAUCAACAGGUUUCUGGCGCGCGAGCCGCCGGACGGCUGCGAGAAGGUGAGUCUGCGCCCCACGGAGUCCAGCGACCACCAGACGACAAUCUUCAAGCCGUGCUUCGUGGGCGGCUUGCGGCCGUCCUUGGGCAGCGCCUUCCAGCCACUCCAGCCGCUGUCGCCCAGCGCCGAGGAGCCGCCGUCGACGCCGCCAAACGAGUGAGUAUUUUCCACAGCAUGGCAACUUUUAUGGACUGAUCAACUGACGAAGGACAAAUUGGCAUAUUUUGCGAUUCUAUGUGAAAAUUAUUGAUGCAGAAAAGACUUUUCGGGUGCUAUUUGUUAGAAAUUUCCCCAUUGGAAUUGCCUUGCGAACGACAGAGAUGCAUUCAAGAUGAUUUUAUGUGGGCAAAAUUGGCACUAGAUUCACCAUUUCAAUGAUUUUUCAACUUACACUUCAAGCGCCAAAGAGAAAAACAACACCAAAAUUCCAUUUCUCUAAUAACUUUGAGGGAAUUGAACAAGAAAUUAAUUAUCAUUUUAACUUCAUGUUAAAAUAAUGAGAAAUCUGAGCUUUUCCUGAUUUUUAUCUUGUGAAAAAAUGGCGCGUUUUCGCUGUUGAUUCUUUAAGUAUUUAGUAAAAAAAAAAUAUCCCAGAUUCUUUUACCAUUUUUUUUUCAUGGUGAAUCUAGGCUGUAAACCAUAAUUUGAUAAAUGAUAAAUCGAAUGGCGCAUGUUAAGAUGGUUAAAAUUGACUUUUUGGUAAAAUGAGAACAGAAAAACUAUAAUUUUGUGCCAUCUUCGAGGCGAAUUUGCAAGAAAUCAAUAUUCUCAUCACUGAGAGACAAGUUUAUGACACAAAAAACACACACACACACACACACACGCAAAAGAUUAAGGAACAAAUUAUUUCCAAAUAUUCAAUGUACAAAUCAUUCUAGAAUUAGUGUGUAUGGAUUUAGUUUUUGGAUAAUAUCAAAAGGAAAGGAAAGUCAUUAAGAUUCCACUUAUUUAUUAUCUUUGUAACUUUUGUAAUUCAUCGCUCUGGUGCACGCGAUUGAGGUGGCGGAAGGAGUGACAAGUUGCUGAGGAUCUCAUGUAGAAGAGGGGAUGAUAAUAUUUUAUUGAUAUCAUAAGAUGAGAAAAAAUGUGCCUCGCCUUUGGCUGAUGAAAAAAAAGAGAGAGAAACGAUAGAGAAAGAGAGAGAGAGAGAAAUGUAUUUGAAACCAAAAUUUAAAUGAAAGAGUAUUUAAACAAAUGAAAAAUAUCGAAAUUUACUAUACAAAAUAAAGAGAGAGAGAAAAAAAAAUCACUUUUGAGCUUUAAAAUUAACGGAUGAAGGAGAAUCUUUUUUUCAAUUAUUAACUGUAGUAAUUUGAGAUUGCUCGGCAAUUGCCACUUUUCCUCCACUUCUUUGUGUUGGCGGAUAGAUAAGAGAGCCCAGAAGAGACACUAAAGACGAGAGAGUGAGAGAGAAAGUUGAGGAGAAUGAGAAAAACUCAAAAAAGGUAUUCUUAUAAUGAGACACAAAGUGAGAUGACAAAAAUGUUGUGUUGUCUUGAUAUUUAAGAAUAUUUUUCUAGCUGUAGCUGCAAAGGAAACUAAAUAUUUUCAUAUGUAUUGAAGAGAGAAAAUAUAAGUGGAUAUCUUUUACAAGGCGGAAUUUGAGGGGUUGAUUAAGGAAAAAAAAACAAAAUACACAUAUGAAUAUAAGACGUACGUUUAUUAUAGCGAAACAGAGAGAGAGACAAAGAGAGCAAACGUAUUAAAAUUGAGAAAAGAAAUGAAAGUGUAGUUGUGUAAUGAACAUAUCUAUGCUGUCGUGAUUGACUGAAAUAAAAUCGUAAAUAAGCAAAA